GAGUCAGUCAUUCUUUCGCAGACUGCGACAACAUCAGGAUCAUUCGGUCUUUACGCGAUAAAGUGGUGAUAUCUAAAUAACAAGUAAUAAUAUAUAAAUCAUUAUUUCUCGGUUUUUCCGCGUUGAUUUGCGUCCGUCAAUUGAUUGAUACAAACAGAAAGAUGGAUAUUAGGAUCUUUGCGUUGGUUGCUUUUGUUGCUGUCUUGGGAUCCUUUACGGAGGCCCGAACCGCCUUUGGUUAUCCUUACGGAAAUGGAGGACAACACGACAGACCAUCGGUCAGGUUUGCUACGGUGUCCAGGUUGAGGCGAGAAAUCGAUGAUUCGAAUGGUGAGAGUACCACCAAAUCUACUACCAGUCAAACAACUACGACAGAUCCUACGACCUCUUCGACAACAGAUCCUACGACCUCCUCGACAACAGAUUCCACAACCACAUCAUCAACUACACCAUCAUCAACCACACCUACAACUAUCCCGUCCACUGAAUCAACCACUGCAUCCACUACUACCACGGAGGCGACGUCUCCCACGACUACUCCGACUUCCACUUCCGUAACUACCCCAACAACUUCAUCUACGACACCUACACCUAGCACAACUCCAGAAAGUACGACACCGACGUCUGAGAAACCGAACAUUCAGUCACGUUCGAAUCCCGAUGAACCUAAAUCCGAAGAUCCCACAAAGAAACCUGAACCAUCUAACGAUAAAGCGCCAACUCCCGGACCAUUCUUUGGCGCUCCCGGAUUCGGUUAUCCCAACUUUGGUUAUCCAAACUUUGAUCCCUAUUUUGCUCCUGGCUUCAAUUCUAUACCAAGUUACAAUCCGAAUUAUGCAUGGACGGGUACAAACAAUGGGCCAGGAUAUGCGUCUGCAGGCGCGUCCGCUGGAAGUUUUGGAUAUCCGUCAAUGGGAUAUCCAAUGGGAUCAUAUCCUACGAUGUCGCCGAUAGGGUCAUAUCCCACCAUGUCACCGACAGGGUCAUAUCCCACGAUGUCACCGACAGCGUCAUAUCCCACGAUGUCACCGACAGAAUUAUAUCCUACGGUGGCAUCACCGAUGGGAUCACCGUCUUUAGGAAGUCGAGGAGGAUUUCAAGAUAACUCACCGAAUAAGGAUAAUUCACCAAACAAGGAUAGCUCACCAAACCAAAUUGGAUACAAUUUCGGCGGAGAUCCGUUGUACAAUAAUCCAGGACCCGGAUUCUUUUACCCAGGACAGUUUCCUAAUAAUCCUUUUAAUGAUCCCACUUUUGACAUGAUCAAACAAAUUCAGGCGCAGAUCGAGGCGCAGCAUCAAGCUAACAUGGACUUCCAUAAUCGUUUGGCCAGCGAAGCUGCUAAGUAUGGUGGCGGAAAUUAUGGUGGUGGUGUACCGCAGUAUUCGACUGCCAACAUUGGCUUAGGUCCAUACGGUGGUUUCCAAAGUGGUCAAAUCAGUCCCGCUGCUCCAGGAAUAGAAUCCAGAUUUGCUGAUGAACUGCCUCCGCCAUCGGGUAAUAGCUACGGAGUAUUUGCUGGCUCGAGUUCUUCCAGCAUUACCGGUCCGGAUGGCAGACCAAUUAAUCAUAAGUCGUCUAUUACCGGUGUUAAUGAUAAUGGAAAAAUUUCUUUCCGCACCGUGCACGAUUAAUUAAUUUAAUAUUAUAAUAAUUAAAUUGCAUCCUCAAUAUUGUGCCUAUUAUAAUCAUUAAUUAAUUAUUUGUGCUAUAUAUAAUCAUAUGAUAAAGUUUUAUAAUUUUAAAAAGAAAGAUUGACAUCAUUCUCAAAACUUAGGCUCAAAUAUUUCCUUAAGAUUAUAUCUCAUAAAUACUCAAGUUUCUUAGAAUUAUAAUAGGUUCUUUCUAUAAAAUUAAAAUUAUGACUUUUAUACAAUUGUUUCUAUAAUUGUUAAUAAUUUGAAUUUUUUAUUUGUUUGCAAGCAGAAAUCGCUUGCGAUACAUGUUUCAAAAUUUUAAUAAGCUGUCUUCCGCUAGUGUCAUGUUCUACUCGAGCAAUAUCGAGUAAACACCUGACGACUAUUCUGCAUUUAAUUAUAUUUACUUACUUCAAUACGUGUAUUAAUGUCGUUGUAUCUUCUAUGUAAUACAUAAAUUAAACUUUUGAUGCUUUUAUGAUUUUUUUAUUAUGUAACAAUUAAAUUGUUCUUAAUAAAAUGGUUUAAUA